UUUCAGCAUUGAGCCCAAAACGCUCAGACUGGCUGAUUAAUUUAAAACGCCAUUAGGAGAAAAGUGGAGACGAAGAGCAAAAGACCUGCAGCCAGUGGGGGUCCCGGGGCAGACUCGCCUCUCGUUACUUUUUAACGUGUCUGUGGCGGGACGACCCCCUUUUACAGGCGCUCAGCAGCAGACGCACGAGCGGUCAAGGGUCGGGUGUCACGUUAAUAUUAACCCGCCGCCUCCAUAAAUUCUCUUUCCGUUUCUGUUUUUUUUUUUUUGCUCACUCGCAGACGGCCGACCACCCGAGCAGGCAGACAUGACGACAGCAGGCAAGGUUAUCAAGUGCAAGGCCGCCGUUGCCUGGGAGCCCGAGAAGCCGCUGACCAUGGAAGAAAUCGAGGUGGCCCCUCCGCAGGCCCAUGAAGUCCGCCUGAAGGUGGUCGCCACUGGCGUGUGCCACUCCGACUACUACGUCCUGUAUGAAGAUAUCAGAGACUACGCCUUUCCAUGUGUCCUGGGACACGAAGGAGCCGGAAUUGUGGAGAGCGUUGGGCCGGGAGUGACGAGAUUCAAGCCUGGAGACAAAGUGAUCCCCCUCUUCGCCUCCCAGUGUGGGGAGUGCCUGCUGUGCCUGAGCGACAGAACGAACCAAUGUGUGAAGAACUGGACUCUGGCAGACAAGGACAUGAAGAGUAAAAGUCGCUUCACGUGCAAAGGCAAAGUCAUCAUCCAGUUCAUGGGCACCAGCACCUUCUCCGAGUACACGGUGGUCCCAGAGGUGGCUUUGGCCAAGAUUCCUGACAGCGCGCCCCUCGACAAGGUCUGCCUGCUGGGCUGUGGCAUCUCCACGGGCUACGGAGCGGCGAUCAACUCGGCCAAGGUCCAGCCGGGCUCCACCUGUGCCGUGUUUGGACUCGGCGCCGUCGGCCUAGCGGCUGUCAUGGGCUGCCAGGCGGCCGGAGCGUCUCGCAUCAUCGCAGUGGACAUCAACGAGGACAAAUCCAGCAAGGCUAAGGAGUUCGGAGCCACCGACUUCGUCAACCCCAAGGACUACAAGAAGCCCAUCCAGGAGGUGCUGAUGGAGAUGACGGACGGCGGCGUCGACUUUUCUCUGGAGUGCGCCGGCAACGUGGACGUCAUGAGAAGUGCGCUCGAGUCGACGAGACGUGCCUGGGGAGUCAGCGUUAUCGUCGGCUGGGUGGCCAUAAAGGACGUUUCUACUAAGCCGGUGGACCUGAUCUGUGGGCGCACCUGGAAGGGCAGCAGCUUUGGAGGCUGGAAGAGCGUGCAGAGCAUUCCCAAGCUGGUCUCUGACUACAUGGAGAAGAAGAUCAAGCUGGAUGAGUUCAUAACUCACAUGAUGCCUUUGGAGAAAGUCAACGAGGCGUUUGACCUGAUGGUCGCUGGAAAAAGCAUUCGGACCGUCCUGACGAUGUAAAGAGUGGUGACCACCUUAGGACCUUCAGCCUCCCCAAAGAGUUCAUGAAAUAAAAAAUGAAACCCAAUGCUGGGUGCCACUUGACUGACAUCGUCAUCAUGUCCUUCAUCGGUCACUAAGGCCAGACACCGCUAUUCAUGCAGUGGGGGUCUCGCAGCAAAGCCUAUAGUGGGGGUAGGCUGGGAAAUUCUUUAAUACAAGCAAAGUGUCAAAAAUA